AUGGCGGCCCUGGUUGAUGCACCUCGGCCAGCCUUGGUCAGCGAUGCUGACCUGUCGCAGGCCCGGGCAGCCCUACAGCACCAGCAAAGCCCAGAGGUGUCGGUCCCACGCGAAUUUAUCUCUCUCAUCGUCGACGAACUCAUCUACCGCCGCGAGUCUCACUCAUCGGUCGCGGAAAUCGAACAUGAAUGCUCUCAUCUCCGCAAUGAACUCCGCAAACACACCCACAUCAAUGAAGCGUUUCAGAAAGAGCUGCGAUCCAUCGGUGAAAUCAUUACCCAAGUCGCCCAUGGAGACCUUUCGCAGAGAGCCCGAAUGCACCCCCUCGAAAUGUCCCCGGAUAUCGCCGCCUUCAAGCAAACCAUCAACACCAUGAUGGAUCAGCUCCAGGUAUUCAGCCAAGAAGUCACAAAAGUCGCUCGCGAAGUCGGAACCGAAGGUGUCCUGGGAGGCCAGGCGAAAAUUGAGGGGAUUCAGGGGAUUUGGCACGAGUUGACCGUGAACGUGAACGCCAUGGCGAACAAUUUGACCACGCAGGUCCGCGACAUUACAACAGUGACUACUGCGGUUGCCAAGGGUGAUUUAACUCGCAAAGUGCAAGCAGACUGUAAGGGUGAGAUCCUGCUACUGAAGAAUAUCAUCAACUCUAUGGUCGACCAGCUACGCGAGUUCGCCUUCGAGGUGAGUCGUGUAGCUCGUGAAGUGGGCUCUGACGGAACACUGGGUGGACAGGCCGUGGUGCAUGGGGUGGAAGGAACAUGGAAGAACUUGACCGAUAACGUGAAUCGUAUGGCUUCGAACCUGACACAACAGGUGCGCGAAAUUGCCAAAGUGACAACGGCGGUCGCCCGGGGCGAUCUCACGAUGAAGGUUACUGCCGACGUGAAAGGGGAGAUUCUGGACCUCAAGCUCACCAUCAACGCUAUGGUCGAUAGGCUUAACCAGUUCGCGUUUGAGGUGAGCCGCGUGGCACGAGAAGUAGGCACGGAUGGAACGCUGGGUGGCCAGGCUCAGGUGGAGAACGUGGAGGGAAGGUGGCGCGACCUGACAGACAACGUCAAUACCAUGGCCCAAAAUCUUACCAACCAGGUCCGAGAAAUCUCGAACGUGACCCAAGCAAUCGCCCGGGGAGACUUGAGCAGAAAGAUCGAGGUCCAUGCUCAAGGCGAAAUUUUGACUUUGAAGGAGACCAUCAAUCGCAUGGUAGAUGGCCUCAGCCAAUUUGCAAAAGAGCUGAAAGUUGUGGCGCGAGACGUGGGAGUCAGGGGCAAGCUUGGUGGACAGGCUGACAUGGAAGGCUCUCAUGGAAUGUGGAGAUCCAUUGGCGAAGAUGUGAACACCAUGGCGGACAACCUUACUUCGCAGGUGCGAGCUUUCGGAGAGAUUACGGAGGCAGCGAUGAGCGGCGACUUCACCAAGCUGAUCACUGUCUCGGCAUCGGGCGAGAUGGAUGACCUGAAGCAAAAGAUCAACAAGAUGAUUAAUAGCUUACGAGAUAGCAUCCAACGCAACACAGCAGCCCGUGAAGCCGCCGAGCUGGCUAACCGAAGCAAAUCGGAGUUCCUGGCAAAUAUGAGCCAUGAAAUCCGAACACCAAUGAACGGAAUCAUCGGUCUCUCUAGCUUGGCACUCGAUACUGAAGAUCUGCAAGCACCUGUUCGAGAGACCCUCAACAUGGUGCACAACCUCGCCAUCAGUCUGCUGACCAUCAUUGAUGACAUCUUGGACAUAUCCAAGAUCGAGGCCAACCAUAUGAGUAUUGAGAAAAUGCCGUUCAGCCUGGGAUCUACUGUCUUCGGAGUUUUGAAAGCACUAUCAGUGGAAACCAACGAAAAGGCGCUGAGUCUAGCUUAUGCUGUUGAUGGGAAUGUGCCUGACUACCUGAUUGGCGAUGCUUAUCGACUCCGUCAAGUCAUGCUGAACCUGGUUGGCAAUGCAAUCAAAUUCACCGAUCAUGGAGAAAUCAAGGUGUGCAUCAAGCGGGUCGAAGCACAAGGCUUGGCCCCUGACGAGGCCAUGUUCGAGUUCUCGGUGGCUGAUCCAGGCAUUGGAAUUGACGAGAGCAAGCUUGGUCUCAUUUUCGACAAAUUCCAGCAAGCAGACGGGUCCAUGACAAGACGGUUUGGCGGGACCGGCUUGGGACUUGCAAUCUCGAAGCGUCUAGUUUCGCUCAUGGGUGGCGACAUCUGGGUGACUUCUCAGGUUGGCCAUGGAAGCAAGUUCUCGUUCACAUGCCGCGUGAAGAUCGCAGAGCAACCAAUCGGAUUUGCGGAGCAACUGCUUCCGUAUAAGAACCGCCGCGUCCUACUCGUCGAUAAUGGAAAUGUGGCAGAGUCGACUGUUCCUCUGAUACUCGAGCUGGGCCUCCAGCCAGUAAUCGUGAAUGAUGCACAGCUCGAGCUGGGGGAGAAGGAAGCAGAAUGGAAUUGCGCUCUCGAAGCUAUCGUUGUCACAACGGUUGAAACUGCAAGCAGACUACGAGCUCGUCCGAAUCUCGCGUCAAUACCACUGGCAAUAAUGGCACCAACCAUCUCCCUCUCGCUCAAAUCAGCCGGCGAGCUUGGAAUUACUUCCUACAUCACAACACCCUGCCGAGCAAUCGAACUCUGGAACGGGAUUUUGCCAGCGCUGGGCAACCGCGCAAACCGCAUAUCUUCCGGCUUCACACGAUCCCUCGCAAUUCUUCUGGCAGAAGAUAACGAUGUCAAUCAAAAGGUUGCCGUCCGAAUGUUGGAAAAAUGCAACCAUAACGUGACCGUGGUGGAAAACGGACUGCGGGCUGUGAAGGAAGUGAAGUGCCAUCGAUACGACGUCAUCCUCAUGGAUAUCCAGAUGCCAGUAAUGGGCGGCUUCGAGGCGACGACUAAGAUCCGUCAGUACGAGAAGGUUAACUCGCUGCCACGGACGCCGAUCAUAGCACUCACCGCCCAUGCAAUGAUGGGCGAUCGGGAUAAAUGCAUCUCGGCAGGUAUGGAUGAUUACCUCUCCAAACCGCUCAACGAGAAUAUCAUGAUGCAAACCAUUCUAAAAUGCGCGGCGAUGAAUAUUACCUCGUUGAAGUUGCCCAAGACUCCCCCAUGA